AUGGCGUCCUCGUCGCUUUCCUGCUUGCAGCAAGCCUCAGCCUGCACGGCUGCCAGGCUGGCAAACCUAUCCAGCUCCCGUAGCUGCCACGUCAGCAGCCAGCGCCUCUCGCUCCCCUCCCUCGCCUGCUCGAGCACCUCCGCGUCUCGCGCCGCAUCCGGCGGCGCGGUGCGCGUGAGCGCUGUGAAGAAGCAGGAGGAGCUUUCGGAGAUCCGCGGGAUGGGGACGGCGGAGAUCGAGCAGGCGGUGGUGGACCUCAAGGGCGAGCUCUUCCUGCUGCGCGCCAAGCAGGCCACGCGCCUCGAGUUCAAGCCCAGCGAGUUCGGCCGCAUUCACAAGCGGGUGAGGAAGAUUCUGGGGAUCCGCGGGUGA